UUUUGGAGCCUAUUUUCGUUAGGGAUGCAUGACCUAAAUUCCUCACCUCUCGCUUAUUCUGUCCCUCGAUCCUUUGCCCAUCGCCUUUCAUCUAAACCAAAUAGAAAAACCGCAAACAAAAUCAAUCUUGGCUCCGGUCAGUUCCCCGUUUCAAUCGCAUUCAUCCUUCAGUUUUAUUAAUUAUUCCAAAAAUUCAAGAUGACGAUCGAUUGAUAUCGUUUUUUUCUGUAGAUCCAAGGGGGCAGGAUUCCGAUCCGAUCUUCAUAAUUGCUGGGGGCAAAGGUUAAAGAUCGUCUUUUCCUGUUUGCCUUCCUCGUCUGUGUAUUCCUCAACUUGAUGAUGCAGGGAAAGGAGGGGGUUGAUCGCAGUGUCUUGUGAGUCCUGUCCUUUCCUAACAUUGCAGAAUUACUGCAUUAGAAGAUUGAUCUAGGCAACUGCUAUACCUUGGACAUUGGAAUAAGGCCGGAGAUCACCUUGGGCGAUUUCUAAACAUGGACGCCAAAGAGGCUGCUCUUACUGGAAACCCACGGCGUCCUUCUAACUGUUGCAAUCCUGUCAAACAGCUUGGACCUAUCUCCCUAGAACAUGUGCUCCUAGCAUUGCGUGAGUCCAAGGAGGAGAGGGAUCUUCGGAUCCGUAGUCUUUUUAAUUUCUUUGAUGCUGCCAACCUUGGACAUCUUGACUAUGCUCAGAUAGAAGCUGGAUUGUUGGCUCUACAAAUACCUGCCGAGUACAAGUAUGCUAAGGAUCUCUUGAAGGUCUGUGAUGCGAAUAGAGAUGGCAGGGUAGACUACAAUGAAUUUCGCCGCUACAUGGAUGAUAAGGAACUAGAGCUCUACCGAAUUUUUCAAGCGAUUGAUGUUGAACACAAUGGAUGUAUUCUUCCAGAAGAGUUAUGGGAUGCUCUUGUUAAGGCUGGUAUAGAAAUUGACGACGAGGAGCUUGCACGUUUUGUGGAGCAUGUUGAUAAAGAUAAUAAUGGAAUCAUAACUUUUGAAGAGUGGAGGGACUUUCUUCUAUUUUAUCCACAUGAAGCUACCAUCGAAAACAUAUAUCAUCACUGGGAAAGGGUAUGCCUUGUAGAUAUUGGAGAACAGGCUGUAAUUCCAGAAGGCAUCAGCAAGUAUGUCCAUCCUUUCAGGUACUUCAUUGCUGGAGGUAUAGCAGGAGCGGCUUCACGUACUGCAACAGCUCCUCUAGAUCGACUUAAAGUGGCUUUGCAAGUACAGACAACUCAAGCAUGGAUUAUACCAGCUAUAAAGAAGAUAUGGAAGGAAGAUCGUCUUUUGGGAUUUUUCCGAGGUAAUGGGCUAAAUGUUGUAAAGGUUGCACCUGAAAGUGCCAUCAAAUUCUAUACUUACGAGAUGUUAAAGAGUAUGAUUGCGAAUGGUGAAGACAAGCAUGACAUUGGAACUGCUGGGAGACUAUUUUCUGGUGGUAUUGCUGGUGCGGUUGCUCAAACCGCUAUCUAUCCUUUGGAUCUCCUGAAAACUCGGCUGCAGACUUUUUCUUGUGAAGGCGAAAAGGUUCCGAGGCUAGGAAAACUUACAAAAGAUAUAUGGGUUCACGAGGGACCUCGGGUCUUCUAUAAAGGUCUUGUACCUUCCCUUCUUGGCAUUAUCCCUUAUGCUGGCAUUGACCUUGCUGCCUAUGAGACCUUGAAAGAUGUAUCAAAAACAUAUAUUCUUCAGGACUCGGAUCCUGGACCUCUCACUCAACUGGCGUGUGGAACAAUCUCUGGAGCUCUUGGAGCCACAUGUGUUUACCCGUUGCAAGUUAUUCGGACGAGAAUGCAAGCCCAAAGUUCAAAUAAAGGAGCUGCUUAUCAGGGAAUGUCAGAUGUAUUUAGACAGACACUAAAGAAUGAAGGAUAUAGUGGUUUCUACAAAGGUCUAUUGCCCAAUUUACUUAAAGUUGUGCCUGCUGCAAGUAUUACAUAUUUAGUUUACGAAAGGAUGAAAAAAUGGCUGGAACUUGAUUAGGCAAGUCGGUGUAUACAUGAGAUGGUAUUAUGGUUAGAGAAUAUUGACGAAAAAGAUUAGUACCCAAAAAAGGAAAAAAAGAAAAAGAAAAAAAGAAAAAAAAAAAAGGAAAAGAGAGAGAGAGAAGAAAUCGUAAUUGGCAGAUGCCAAUUUGCUGAUUGAGAAUUGGAGGUACAUUAUUUGUGGUCAGGAGGUGUAACUCCAGAAUUUUUUAAACUACGAGUAAUAAUGGGAAGUGAUUGGUGCUACGAUUGUUGUAGCUUGCAAAUGACUAAUAGUUCAUAUAUUGGCAAAUAAUUUUCCACUCCUCUCUUCA